AUGAGGAUCCUGCUGAUAUUCAUCCUCCUCUCCUUCAUGACAGAAUCAAAAUAUUUCACUGAUGGCAACAGCAAGGAUCAAAUCAAAACUGGAUUGAAGAACACCUGGGUACACAGUGGUAGAUUCUCUCUGUAUGACAACACUGGAGGAAACUACUUCAAGGUGAUCAUCAGACAACUGACCAGAAAAGAUGAAGGGACCUACUGGUGUGGAGUGGACAAACCUACUAUACCUGACAGUUAUACCAAGGUAGAGCUGGAUGUGAAGAAGGGCAGAGCAGGCAACAGAUGGCACACAGACAGCAGAGUUGGGGACAGAUAUGCAGGGACAGACUGGCAGAGACAGGGAGUCUCAGAUGACUGCUGUGAGAAGUCAGUCACAGAGACGGCCUAUCUGGGAGGAGAAGCUACCAUCAGAUGCAACUAUCCAGAGGACCAUGAGGACAGCAUCAAGUAUUUCUGCAAGGAACAAGAUCGCUUCGUCUGCAAUUCCAUUAACUCCAACAGCAACAAAAUAUCUGACACCGUACAACGAUUUUCUCUGUCUGACAACAGAAGAGAGAGAUUCUCCACAGUGACCAUCAGUGACCUGACUGAAGAUGAUACUGGGACCUACUGGUGUGGAGUAGAAACCAGUAGGACAGGACAACGUUACAUUACACUGAUCACACAGGUGAAGCUGGAUGUUAUAGAUUGGAGGGACGUCAGAUCUGUAAAGAAGACAGGACAUGUUGGGGAGGUCGUCAGUCUCUGGUGUAAAUAUCCACGGGAGAAUGAGGAGAAAGAGAAGAUAUUUUGUAAAGGGGACAGUCCUUCAACAUGUGAAGAUAAAAUAACAUCUAGGACACAGAACAAAAUGGCAGACAAUGGCAGGUUUUCCCUAUUUGACAACCGUGAGAAGACCAUCGUCACAGUGUACAUCAAAGAGCUGAGACCAGAGGAUUCUGGGACAUAUUGGUGUGGAUCUGAUAGAAGAUGGAGACCUGCAGACUACACUAGAUUUAUAAUCUCUGUGGCAGCACCAACCACCACUAUUACAAAAUCAACAACAACAACUACAGCACUUCCAGACCCAGCCACAACCACCUUCAUCUCACAAUCAUCAUCAUCACCAUCACCAUCACCAUCACCAUCAUCACCAUCACUCAACGGAUUUGGUACCUCAGUGGUCAUCAUGGUGUCUGUUAGUCUGGUAGUGUUACUGCUGGUGAUCAGCCUGAUCAUAGUCUACAGAUGGAAAUACAAAAAGGUCACAGGAUCUGUCUCUUCAACACACAGAGUGAGUCCAGAAACAGGAAACAAUGAAGGGGGUUGUCAUGGUGACGGUGACUAUGAAGAGAUAAAGGAGAGCCCCCUAAGGUCAGACUCAGGCGCUGUGACCUCCACCAUCUACGCCACCGUCAACUUACCCACCAGCCACUCUGACUCUCUCCACUACGCCAGAGUCAACUUCCACAAGAACCCCAGAUGCCCCAACGAAGCCACUGACACCAUUACUAAAGAGGGCACUUCAUCAUGUGACUAUGCUACUGUGAACUUUGGUCAAAGCCCCACCUACUCUACUGUCAAUCAUCCACACAGCUCCUCUGAGGCUCCUCCCAUCUAUUCCACAAUCAGCAAACCCAGAGACACUUGAGUCACUGGCAACCAAUCACAAGAGACAUAUUUUAACUAUAUGCGCUGAACUCUAUUUUUAGCCUCUCUCUCUCUCUCUCUCUCUCUCUCUCUCUCUCUCUCUCUCUCUCUCUCUCUCUCUCUCUCUCUCUCUCUCUCUCUCUCUCUCUCUCUCUCUCUCUCUCUCUCUCUCUCUCUCUCUCUCUCUCUCUCUCUCUCUCUCUCUCUCUCUCAUAAUCUGUCUCAAAUCCUGGCCAUGAGUGUGCAUGUUUCGCUAUUAUGAGAUGCCCGAUUCUCGCCCAGGUGAGCGAAUGUAUCUCUUGAUUGGCAACUUAGGAUCCCAGCAGCAAAACCCGAAUGCCCUGCUCAAAACUGACAACGAGGCUCGAUAUAGGGGUGGAGUUAACAAACUCUGCCUUAAAAGUUCAAAGCGAGGGCACCCACCCAGUAGAUUAUGAUGAUAAUGAUUAUUAUUGUUAUUAUUUCCCUGUAUAUAAUAUUAUGUGAUUAUAAUGUGAUGCUUGGUGUAAUAUAAAUCUGUUAUCUUUUUACUUGA